GCUGUAGGUGCUACCAAGUGCCAUGGGCUGGACCAGGGCUUUUUUCCAGCUGGAACUCAGCCCUGGCACUUCUCAGGUGGGCGCCAUUGCCAUCCAAAGAGAACGAAGGAGGCAUUCAGGGGGCAAGAUAUGCAAUAUCAAUGAAAAAGGAAGAGGCGUGGGCCUUUUUCUGCCCUCGGAGGAGCGGGUUGGCUUUUUCUCACUUGUGCAGAAGGAACUGAUCAGAAGAGAGAGAACUUCACAACACACCCAAAAAAAUAGCCGAGAAGAAGCCAGAGAGACUGACAACUUGAUGAGAUGCUUCACGAGCGCUUCCUUCUGCUGUCUGGCGCUGGACUGCUGAUUCUGACAUCAGCACUGUCUCUUGAGUGCACCAAAUACAAUGUGAAAACCUGUCAGGACUGCAUCCAGUCUGGCCCGGGGUGCGCCUGGUGUAAGAAGCGGGAUUUCACAAAAGUAGGAGAACAGGAUUCCAGUCGCUGUGACACCAGGGAACAACUCCGGCAGAGGGGAUGUGGGGAUGACAUAAUUUUUCCAGAAAGCUUUGCCCAGCCAGGUCCACCACCAAGUCAGAUAAAGCAAAUCCAGCCUGAGAUUGUGCACCUGCAGCUCAGACAAGAUCUACCUGCUGUUUUUAAUGUGACAUUCCGCCGUGGGGAGGACUACCCUAUAGAUCUUUACUAUUUGAUGGACCUCUCAUACUCUAUGAAUGAUGAUCUGGAAAAUGUGAAGAAGCUAGGUGGAGACCUGCUGAAUGCUCUCAAAAAGAUUACCAAACAUGCUCGAAUAGGGUUUGGCGCCUUUGUGGAUAAGACUGUGUUGCCCUUUGUUAACACUCACCCAGAGAAGCUGCAGAACCCUUGUCCAAGCAAGGAGACCAAAUGCCAGCCACCAUUUGCUUUCAGGCAUGUGCUCAGCCUGACAGACAGGGUAGAGAAGUUUAAAGAAGAAGUCGGCAAGCAGGAUAUAUCAGGGAAUCUUGACGCCCCAGAGGGAGGACUCGACGCCAUGAUGCAAGCCGCUGUCUGUGGGGCCAAGAUUGGUUGGAAAAAUGUAACACGCUUACUGGUGUAUACGACAGAUGAUGGCUUCCAUUUUGCUGGGGAUGGUAAACUUGGAGCCAUCUUAACUCCUUAUGAUGGGAAAUGCCACCUGGAGGAAAAUAUGUAUAAAAGGAGCAAUGAAUAUGACUAUCCAUCUGUCGGUCAGUUGGUUCAAAAACUUGAAGAAAACAAUAUCCAGCCCAUUUUUGCUGUUACCAGUAAAAUGGUUGAUACAUAUCGGAAACUCAGUGAGAUGAUUCCCAAAUCUGCUGUGGGAGAGCUGCAAGAAGACUCGAAUAAUAUUAUCCAACUCAUCCAGCGUGCCUAUGAUAGUUUGUCUUCCAAAAUUAUUUUGGACCAUCAUGGCCCUUUGCCAAACUUCAUCAAAAUCACGUAUGAUUCCUUCUGCCCUAACCAAAUACACACCAAGGAUAAACCAAGAGGGGAAUGUGACAACGUGAAGAUAAAUGAUCAGAUUACUUUCCAGGUGAAAGUUACAGCAACCAAAUGCAUUGGCAACGAGAAGGUUACUAUCCGGGCUCUCGGUUUCACAGACUCCCUUGAUGUGCACAUGCGCGGUCGAUGCAACUGCGAAUGUGAUGAAGAAAUAUCAAGUAGCUCUGACUGCAGUGGACAUGGGAAAGUAGACUGUGGAAUCUGCAGCUGUUUUCCUGGCUUUAUUGGAAAGAAUUGUGAUUGUCAAACUGGAGGCAAAUCCAGCAAGGAGCUGGAGAAGAGUUGCCGGAAGGACAAUGCCUCCGUCAUCUGCUCCGGCCUGGGCGACUGCGUGUGUGGGCAAUGUGUUUGCCACACCGAUGAAGCCUCCAAAAAGAAGAUCUAUGGUUCUUUUUGCGAGUGUGACAACAUGAACUGUGAGAUUCACAAUGGUCAACUUUGUGGCGGAGAAAUACGAGGACGGUGUGAUUGUGGGAAAUGCAAAUGCAAUCCUGGCUAUGGAGGCAGUGCCUGCCAAUGUGAGACUUCAACAGACGGUUGCUUGAACAUCAAUGAGAGUGUCUGCAGUGGCCGCGGGGAAUGUCUGUGCAACACAUGCCAAUGUAAACCAGGCUAUCAGCUUCCACACUGUGAAGAUUGCGAAGGCUGUCCAUCACCCUGUCCCAGACACGUAUCAUGUGUUGAGUGCCGUUUCUUUAAGAGUGGGCCAUUUCAGAAGAAUUGCUCUCAAGCUUGUUCACACAUUACUCUGAGAGAUAAUGUGAUAUCCAAAAGUAAAGAAUGCAAGGAGAAAGAUUCUCAGAAUUGCUGGAUCUCCUACUCUAUGUUUCAAAUGGAUGGAGAGGAGACAUACUCCGUUAAAGUGGAACCUUUAAAAGAUUGCCCAGAACCCCCUAAUGUCGCAGCCAUCGUAGGGGGCACUGUUGCUGGCGUGGCUCUUAUCGGCCUCCUCCUCCUCCUGAUUUGGAAGCUGGUAACGGAGCUGGUUGAUCGCAAGGAAUAUCACCGAUUUGAGAAAGAGAAGUCCAAGGCUAAGUGGAAUGAUGCUGAUAACCCUCUUUUCAAGAGUGCCACGACCACUGUUGUGAACCCCAGAUUUAAUGGCCAGUGAAGUUCAACUGCAGCAACAUGGGAAAGCACAAAGAAAUUCUUCAGGAGAGAAGCAGAAGAUGUUGACUUUAUUCUCCACUGUGCUUUACUCCUGUCAACCACUAUCCAUGUCACAUCAUGUGUUUUCAAUAACCCUUUGUGUGGCUUCCCCCCCCCCCAACAUACUUUGAUAUGGAUGAUUUUCUUUUCAUAAAAAAGGUCUCUCUGUUAAGAUUGCUUAAGCACACACUCCAUUGAAUGAUCUCAACUUGCAUUUCCACUUAUCCUGCGCAAGGCACUCAGAGCAACUUCUCCAGUUAUCAGCUGUUAAAGGUCAACACUUGGAACCCAAAUAGAAGGGAAAGAGGUGGGGUGGCUAUUCAAGGAUCUACAUAGACAAAGUAUUUGUUGCAACAGCAGAGGUUAAUACCACAGUGGUAGUAAGCCAUGCAUUGUAGAAAGGCAUAAUUUGAAAGAAGUUAUCGCUCCUGUGUGACAGAAAAGGGCUAAUGCCUCUUAAGACAUAACUUUCCAGCUAUAGUUUUUAUACUGUAUGUAUGUGCUUCUAUAAUACACAUACCGGUAUAAAAUAAUGAUAAUAAUGAUGAUGGAAUCUACCUAAUUGAGAAGCACCUGUUAAAUAAUCAGUUAAACAUUGCAGUGCUACAUAUUAUAGAAGCACACAAAACAAUAAGCAUGCUCUACACCAGACAUCCCCAAACUGCGGCCCUCCAGAUGUUUUGGCCUACAACUCCCAUGAUCCCUAGCUAACAGGACCAGUUGUCAGGGAUGAUAGGAAUUGUAGUCCAAAACAUCUGGAGGGCCGAAGUUUGGGGAUGCCUGCUCUACACUAUUGAAUAUUAGGUUGAUGGGGUCCCCUGUUGUUCACAUUGUGCUUCUAGGAUGCAAAACCUUGACACACACCCCUGGCCCUUUUCUGCCUUACCAAAUGGCAUUAGCAGGCGGGGAGAACUGUCACCUUUUGGCUCUGGGUUUCUGGGAAGAUAAAUCUCAUGACAGUGACGUCUACUCAGUGUACACUAGUAAGGUAGGAUUCCACACCUUCCUAAUUCUGUACAAGGCCAUAAGCGCAAAAGAGACCUCAGUCAAAUUGAAACAUCUUGGAGAAACGGACAAACAAUAGACUCAUGUGAAGAAAUACAGCACUCAGAAUCUACAGCCUUCAUUCUAGCCUUGUGUAUUGAAGUGAAAAAGCUCCCAAGGUGCAAGAAGAAUAUUGCUUGAGAGCACAUAACUGCAAGUGUAUAAACGUCUAUUGUGUGCCUAUGAUUUGCAAGUAAUAAAUCUCAAAACACCAUUCCUGAAA